CUGGACCAAAUCCCUCGUAUUUCGUUUGAUUUUAAAAAGUUCAACGAAUAUAAAAUCCCCGCUGAGAACAUAUCAAGAGCCCUUUUGCAGAUGGAGCAUGACCUUUCAACCGUGACGGGAACAUUUAGAGUUGAAGACUGUGGCUCAAACAGAAAUAAAAUAUUUGCUAUUUACUGUACAGUAUUUAGCGAAAUGACUGAAAGUCAACUGCGGCGCAAUAUCUCCCAAGUUUUGAACAAUUCCCAGGAAUUGCUUAACUUAGGAGUUAAGAAAAGCCACAUGAAAUUCAUUGAUGAAAUGGUUUGUGAUGAAAGCACAACAUCAACUAACAAUCGAGCUUUCUCUUGGCCAAUGACAAAAAUAGGAACUACUGCUGAGAUCCCAUGUCAUAGAAAUGUAGCCACCAGGCAUUGUUCUUCCAGAACGAUGGGGCAUCCAGAAAUGGCAUCAAGUCAAAACCUGUCAUCACAAAAGUGUUCACCGUUUACUGGUAUCUGGCAAGAACCAGACAUGUCUCAAUGUUACAGUGCAGAACAGAGCAAAGGCAUUGAUGAUGGCUGGACCAAAUCCUUCGCAUUUCGUUUGAUUUUAAAAUCUUUCAACGAAUAUAAAAAACCUGCUGAGAACAUAUCAAGAGCCAUGGAGCAUGAGGUUUUAACCGUGACUGGAAAAUUCCGAGUUGAAUAUCCUGGUGUUCAAAGUCAACUGCGGCGCAAUAUCUCCCAAGUUUUGAACAAAUUCCAGGCAUUGCUCAACAUGAAUUUGCUUGAUGAAAGUUCAAGUACUGGUAAUGGAACAGAGGAUAGAACAGCAGAAACAAACUUUUGAGUGAAAAUCGAAAAAGAGCCUCCAAGAAUCGUCUUUGCUGAUAUUUUAUGCUAUAAAACGAUAUUUUCUGCAUAUAUAAUACAAAAUAAAAUUUUCUCCAUAUAUAAUAUGAAAUAAUAUUUUCUUAAUAUAUGAUAUAAAAUAAUAUUUUCUCCAUAUAUAAUAUAAAAUAUUCUUUCCUUGUAACGACACUAUAAUUGUACCUUUCAAUACAACACUAUGCAUGCAUGAGACUGUAUAAUCCACCAUGAUGUAAUUUAAACAAGUUUCAGGGCCUCACUAUGGCUUGAAACAGAAAAUAUUGCAUGAUUUGAAAUUAUAUUGAAAUUCUAUCUUCUUGCCAAUUUAAUGUUAUCAAUGUAAGCUUUAGAAUUGUUAAAUAAAGGAUUAAAUCUGA